AUGUAUUGCUUUUUUCAAACAUCUACAAUUUAAAAAAGAAGCUUCCUUGAAAUAAAUUUAUAGUUGUAUCCAGAGGAAAUCUAAGCACUUCAAAAUGGUGAAAAAAUGAGAAAUUAAAUUAUAUAAGGAAACUUUUAAAUAAUUCCACAUUAUCUUUAAUUCUUCCAUUAAACCUUAGUAUUAAUAAAAAAUAUUAUUAGAAACCCAUACUAAACAAAUAAUCACAUUUUCAUCCUUAAUUCAUUUAUAAUCCUAUAGUUAGUAAUUAAUAUUUGAAAUCUCCAGAAAGUAAUAUAAAAUAACACCCAUAUUUUAGAUAGUUAAGAAGCAUUUGAAAUAGAUUAUGUAAUGUUGAUAUACACAUAUUGUAAUGGAUAAUUGCAUGAUAGCUUUAUGUAAAUCAAAAAUAUACGAUAAGCAAUUAUUGAAGAUAAAUUACCAAAUCCUAAAGAUGUAGAUAUUAUUCUGGAUAAAAUGAAAAUAGCAUUUACAGUAAUAAAAAAUACUUAAACAUAUUCUAAUUAAUUGCUACCUAAUUUAUCUUUAUAAAGACCCCCUAACUACCCAGAAUUUACCUCUUAAUUUUUCCUUCGAUAUAGUACAUAUUAUAUUGUAAUGGCAAAUUUAUUCUAUUUUGAAAAAAUGUAGGAAAUGAAAAAUGAAAAAGUACUUAUUAUCAGAUAAAAUCUAUGCAGUUCUAUGUUAAAAUUGUUAGUUGAAUAUGUGGAUUUAGGUAAUGAUAAAUUGGGACUUUAUUUAUAUUAUUUAUCCUUCUACUUUAAAUGUUUAGGAUACAAAAGUAUAAUAGAAAGAUAUCUAUACUAUAUUUAAAAAGAUGAUUAUAAAUAUAAACGUAAUUGGAUAUUUAUUAAAUUUAAGCUUUUACAGUUAUGACUUAAGAAAUCAUUGAAUUAAGCAAAGAACUUAAAUAAUUAUGUGAAAAAAUAUUACUUUAAUAGAAUUUGAAUGAAAUUGAUCUCGAUGUAUUCAAAAUAUAAGCAGCACGAUGGAUUACAUUCUCAGAUUGUCAAAUUAAUGUUUAUACAAAAAUUGUAACAAAUCCAUAACAAAUUUGUACAAAUGAAUCGAUCUUACUAAAUUCAGGCAAUUUUAAUUGUUUGGAUUGA